CAGGAGAACUCUAUCACCAACCCCACCGUGUGUGCGUGUGUGUGUGUGUGUGUGUGUGUGGAGCUCCAACCAGAGCAGUCUCUCACUCUCUCUGGGCUCUCGUCCCUGCUGCUGCCCUCCUUUUUCUCUCCUCCCUCUCUCUUUUUCAUCUUUGGCUUUACCCUGUGGAUUUCCACCGUCUCAUUGGACACCUUAAUAGAGCAGCUCUAUCGUUCCUAUCUGACUGUCACGACAAGAGAAAACGAGGGAAGGACAGAGAGAAAGAGAAGAAAAUAGAUUUUCUGACCAGGAAGACCGAAGACGGCAAGUUUUCUUGAGUCAAAUCACAUCCCCUCUUUUGAUAGAAAUUUCAAGCUACUUUUUCUUAAGCAACCUUUGACGAGCACAGUCAGAAGUCUUCUGGACACGCAAUGAAUAAGACUAACAUCUUCUCCCUGCCUCGACCUUAGUGAGAGGAAAACCAAUACGUUCUUGGAUGUCGUCUAUUGCAGGCGAGACCUCUUUUUAGAGACCCAUCGACUGCCUCCCACUCCAUAGCUUUGGCCACCGCUAUAUCAGCAUCUAUUCAAGACUUGAACGACGACACCUCUAUAUGAAAAUAUAUUUUUUUACAAAGAUAAUUAAUAGCAAGUCUAAAUGAUCAUGCUGGACACCAACCACUUCCUGUCCUUUGAUCUCGCCCCCUUGGACUCUCCUCCAAUGGGGGAAGAGCUGGACAAGCAGGACUUGAUGGAUUAUGAGAGACAUGCCUAUCACAGCCUCAAAGAAGUCCUCCAGCUCAAACUACAGCAGAGACGCACCCGGGAGGAACUGGUCAGCCAAGGGAUCAUGCCACCACUGAAGAGUCCGGCAGCCUUCCAUGAGCAGCGGAGGAGUCUGGAGAGAGCCAGGACUGAGGACUAUCUGAAGAGGAAGAUCAGGAGUCGUCCUGAGCGCUCAGAGCUGGUCAGGAUGCACAUACUGGAGGAGACGUCAGCAGAGCCGUCUCUGCAGGCCAAGCAGCUGCAGCUGAAGAGGGCCAGGCUGGCUGAUGACCUCAAUGAUAAGAUCUCCCACAGACCUGGCCCUAUAGAGCUCAUCCACAAGAACAUCCUGCCUGUAGACUUGGACUGUCCUCUGCAACACUCACUACUGGAUUCUCCAAAGGGUGCAGGAGAGUCCUCAUUGGACGAGGACAGCAGUGAUGCGUUUUCUCCGGACACUCUAGCCAAUCACGACUCUCCACUGGGUGCUGUCUCCCAGCUGUCACCCUCUGACAUGCUCACUCAGAACGGGGACAUGUCCCCCUCACAGUUCCUUACCCAGGUCCCUCCUCCCCCUCCCCCUCCUCCGCUGUUGCUGAAUGACCAUGACUCCUUCCAACGACAGAAGCUGACCAAUGGGACAGUGACGCCAGUUGCUUCCCGCCCUGUCAGUGGUCAAACCAAGUCCAAGCCCAGCUUGGAGCGCCUCUCCCAGAGGCCUAAGAAGUCAAAAGACGUGAAGCCCAAGGUGAAGAAACUGAAGUACCACCAGUACAUCCCUCCGGACCAGAAGGCUGACCGGGAGCCUCCCCCUCAGCUGGACUCCACCUACGCCAAGAUCCUCCACCAGCAGCAACUCUUCCUCCAGCUGCAGAUCCUCAACCAACAGCAGCAGCAGCACUACAACUACCACACCAUCCUCCCAGCACCACCCAAACCACCUGCAGAGCAGCCAACUUCAACACACCCCGGCCCCUCCCCUUCACGCAGUGUUCCCCCGACGACCCCGGCCCCUUCCAAUCAGCAUGGGCCAAGUCGUCAGAGCCAAACCCCUGUGGGAGGGGCCAAACCUUUAACGCUACCAGCCAACCUGGAUGACUUCAAAGUUGCUGAGCUGAAACAGGAGCUGAAACUGCGGAGUCUGACCGUAUCUGGCACUAAGAUGGACCUUAUCGAGAGGCUGAGGAACUACCAGGAGCAGAAUGGUGGAGGUGGAGCUGGUGUUACUGCGACUGUAACACCUAAACCCAGCCUACCAACCCCACAGCACGCCUCAACCCAACCUGCUGGCUUCACCAUCUCUGCCCCCCCCCAUGCAGGGACCAAUACCCUCACCCACCAAUCAGGAGAGGCAGGCGGGAAGAUACCUGCUUUCUCAUUGGCUCAGAGUGCUGCUCCAGCCCGUAUUAUGAGGUUUGGGAGUACAAACUCCUCCCCUCCUGUGUCUCCCACCCCGUCAGAACGGUCGCUGGCGGUAAUGAGCCCCGAUGAGACCAGCUGUAAUGGAGACUUAUUUGGGGAGAUGGUGAGCUCUCCCCUGACCCAGCUCAGCCUGCACCCUUCCCCAGCCUCCAUCAAAGAGGAGAACCAGGGUCACUUACCCACCUGCAGCCUCUCCCAGUCUCGGCUUUCACCCACUGCGCCUCAGCCUGCCACCCCACCUCAGGAGCCCUCAGGAGCCCCUGGGGCAGCCAUGGAGGCCUCCCCCUUGGACAAGGACCAGUUGCUCCAGGAGAAGGACAAGCAGAUUGAGGAGCUGACACGCAUGCUGAGGCAGAAACAGAGGCUGGUGGAGACCCUGCGCUCGCAACUGGAGCACGGGAAACAGACAGGAUUGAAAGAGAUGCAGGGUGUGGUGAUAAACGGUUAUGCCCAGGAGGCCCAAACCAAAACCACCUCCAUCAGAGCCUCAACCAUUCUCUAUCCCACUCUCACCAACGGAGAGAUGGUGAGGGUCAAGAAGGAGGUAGAGACGCAAGAAGAGAUGGAGGGGUUGGACGAAGCUCAGCCUAAGGGACAGCCUCAGCCGACACAGUGCUCCCAGCAGACUCUGCUCAAACUGCAGCAGAUCCACCGGAUACAGGUUCAACAACAGACACAACAACUACUUCAGACACAACAACAGCAGUCCCAACAGCUCCAGCAACAAAAACAGCAACAACAGACACAGCAGAUGCAGCAGCAGAAGACAUCAGCCCAGAUGCUACUCCAGCAACAGCAGCAGCUGCAGCAGCUGAUCAUCCAGCAGACCCAGCAGAAACAGCUCCAGCUGCAGCACAAACAGCUGCUGGCCCAGCAGAGGAAGCAGCAGAGACAGGCCCAGAGACAGCAGCAGAACAAACAACUGAGUCAGACCGUCACCACACAACAGGUCACUCCUGUCUUCAUCGGCCAACAGAAUGGCAUGCAGGUCCCCGCCCAGACCUUCUCAUUGGACCUCCUCAAGUCGGGCACCACGCCCACCCUUGUCACCGACGGCAACGGCAACCACUACCUGAUAGCACUGACCAAUCACAAUGCAGAGGGCCAGAACGGCAUGACCUCAUUGGGCAAAACUAGUGGAUCACAACGCAUCACACUGCAGCGAUUGCAGUCAACUCCAGGCAAACUCCCCAGCCAAUCCCCAGCUGAGAUACUCAGCUCUGACACUCAAUCAAAACAACAGUUACAACCAGGCCCUGUCAACCAGCCUAUCAAAAAGGAACAGAAGGCGGUUCUACAUCUGGAGACCAAUGGCAUGACCAAUGGAGUAACAGAGCCAAGUCAGUCUGUCUCCGCUCCGCCCAAUCUCCAUCCUUUCUUUGACGAGGUGUCCAACUCGUCUGAAAGCCCAAGCACAGCUUCCCCCUUCCUCAAGAGAGAAGUGUGUCCGACCUUUGACCGGCACACAUUGUUCACCCCUCCCUCUCCUAAACAGACCUCUUUCUCCUCCACUCAACGCCUCAAAGAGAACGGCCUGAGCAGUCAACAGAUGGACGACCUGUUUGACAUCCUCUUGAAGAGUGGAGAAAUCUCUGGAUUCCGAGCAGACCCUUCCCUGGCCCUCCUCCACUCCAACCCCCCCACCCCUCCCUCGUCCCCUCUCCACCUGUCGCCCCCCACACCCCCUCCCGAGCCCUCCCUACCCGCCCUGCCCUCCCAGCUGCCAUUGCCCUGCCCAGGAAGUAGUCGUCUAGAGGAUUUCCUGGAGAGCACCACCGGCACGCCCCUCCUGGGAGUGGAGCCUGACGGUGGCCUGACUUUGAUUGACGACCUCCACAGCCAAAUGCUUAGCACCUCCAGCAUCCUGGACCAUCCACCCUCCCCGAUGGACAUGGACACCAGUGACCUGGGCUUCUCCCCCCACCCAGCAGGGCUUGACUUCGGGGACCCAGCCCUGGACAGCAUGGACUGGCUAGACAUCUCCAUGGGAGGUGGAGGGGGAACGAGUCUUGCCCCUCUGGGCCCCCACACGCUCCCCAGUGUGUUCUCAGUAGACUUUCUGGACAGCUCGGACCUCACUCUGCACUGGGACUCCUGUUUGUAGCUUCUACGGAGUGAGGAGUGGUAAAGACUCACACACAAAGACACACGCUCACGCAUACUGCGUACAGGCUCUUAUCUCUCUCACGCAAACACUCUUACUCGAUAAGCAGGUCCACCACUCUGGAGGUUCACUGGCCCAGCCACAUUCACUGAGACCGGGGGCCUUGCCCUGCAUUCACUCUAGUUGGACAGGCUGAAGAGCAAAACUGACUUUAGAUCAGAGGCAGUGGGUGAGAGGUGGUACUGCAUUAGUGGAGCUUGGUCUAUGACACACCCUUAUGGUGACAAAGGGUAAUACACGUGGAGGGCAGACCCAAAGUGUCAGUGGUGCCUGCACUGAUUGGUGGAAAGCUGUAAUGAACCAACCUCAUUGGUGGAAAAUAAUGAAUCGAACCUCAUUAGUGCAAACCAGAGGAGCGUUUACAAUGGUAUUUAAUGUUUAGCUCAACGGAAACUGCACUGCACUGAACGACCAGUGGAAAAGCGGGUUGAUUAUGGUGGCCCAGAGGGAGGCUGUGUAUGGUGUGUGCUGCACGAGUUUAUACGAUUUUCAAAUGGUCACACCAAUAUUGAUCAACCACACCUCGCUGCACUAUCCAAACAGAAGCAAAUGUACGUCAAAGGCUGUUGAACGGUACACGCCAUUUUGGGGAAGCGUGUCCGCAACGUAGCAAACGUUGUAUUGAAUUGAACGCACCCCAAUUGGUGAAAUGAACCUCAUUGGAGGAGGCAGUUACUGGAUGUGUUUGCUAGACCACUAUGCAUUUCUGUAUGUGGGGGGUGUAUUAUUGAUUGUCCAUGUUUUUCUUCCCAAUUGCAUAGAAUUGCAGGUGGGGAAUAAAGUGGUUUCCAAACAA